GCGCGGGCAGCCCGGCGGGCGGCCGCCGCACCAUGAGCGCCGAAUGCAGCAGCUACCUCACCGCCGACAAGGUGCUGGUGAGCGGGUUCAGCUGCCCGCAGACGGGCGGCGACGCCCGCGCCGUGUACUGCUGCGGCUUCCAGGACGUCAAGUACUGCUGCGAUGACCCCCACAGCUUCUUCCCCUACGAGCACAGCUACAUGUGGUGGCUCAGUGUUGGAGCACUUGUGGGCCUGUCGAUAGCAGCAGUGGUCCUCUUUGCUUUUAUCAUCACUGUGUGUGUUCUCUGUUAUUUGUUUAUCAGCACGAAGCCACGCAGCAAACUGGAUACUGGUUUAAGCUUACAGCUGGCAGAAAGUGAGACUAGAGGGAGUUCGAUAUGUUAAACAACAGAGUCACUGGAUGGAUUCUACUUUCUACUAAUGCUGUAAUGAAUAUAGAUAGAGAGCUGCAUCCUUCACAAGACCCCCACCAAAACAAGCUGUUUGACAAAGCCAAGUGGCAUCAAGAGAUUUCCUGAGCCACAAAGAUGAACUGUGACUGUAAGCCACAAGAACCUGAAUCACUCUUCCAGAGGUGUUUCCUGGCUAUUACGACCAGUGUUGGUAACCAGAGGCCAAUCUGAAGCUAUGCCAGGAUAUGUAUUUGUGUAUGGUUACUGUACUGAGAAGUAGUAUAUUUUGAUUUGCACAUACCAGCUACUGCUGCUAGUAAUUUUCAUGCAAAUUGUUGUCUUUACUCUGUGCAGUUCCAGUGAGAUAACACAGUUGUCAAGCAGAGCAGAAUUUGGCACACCAUGUUGACCAAGCUUUAUUUUAAGCUUUUAUUGUGUGUCAUCUUAGCGUGGUGUCUUCACAUCAUGAAUAUGGUUGUCUUUAGCCAAAUGUGAUUGUUUGCUGCACAAACACAUGUGA